CAAUUCCUCAUUUUAUACUGUAGAAGGUUGACUUUUUGGAAUACAAAAUGGCAGCCUCCGGACGGCCCGAGCACCAAGCACCACCAGAAAUAUUUUACAAUGAAACUGAGGCCUCAAAGUACACCAGCAAUUCCCGCAUGAUAGAGGUGCAGCAGAAGCUAUCCGAGCGAGCUUUAGAGUUGCUGGCCUUACCUCCUGAUGUUCCUUGCUAUAUUUUAGAUAUUGGGUGUGGCUCUGGUUUGAGUGGAGAAGUCCUAACAGAAAAUGACCAUGUCUGGGUUGGGCUGGACAUCAGCCCAAGUAUGCUUGCUGUGGCAGUGGAGAGAGAGAUUGAAGGAGACUUGAUUCUUGGAGAUAUGGGCUGUGGGCUUCCUUUCAGGCCUGGGACUUUUGAUGCCGUAGUCAGUAUCUCAGCACUCCAGUGGUUGUGUAAUGCUGAUAAGAAGUAUCACUCUCCUGCUAAGAGAAUGUUGGUGUUUUUCAGGACAUUGUAUGCCAUCAUGACUCGAGGGGCCAGAGCAGUGUUUCAGUUAUACCCAGAAAACAGUGAACAGUUGGAGCUUUUAACUCAACAGGCAAUGAAGUCAGGGUUCACGGGAGGUCUUGUCAUAGACUACCCUAACAGUACAAAGGCCAAAAAAAUAUUCCUGUGCUUAUUCUGUGGUGGCUCAUCCCAAAUAUUACCUCAAGGUCUUGGUACAGAAGACUCCAACACAGAUGUAGUUCAGAAAGCUGGGAGAAGGGAAAGAUUUAGAAAAUCUGUCAAAUCUUCAAGAGAUUGGGUUCUAGAAAAGAAAGAAAGACGACGACGACAGGGGAAAGAAACAAGACCAGACACACAGUACACAGGCAGAAAAAGAAGGGGACAUCACUUCUGAGUUGUAUUUUUGUAUUUGUUAUUGUAAGUAUUUGUAAAUAAAAAAAAAAUCUAGACAAACAA